UGAUUUUUUAUUUUUCUGUUCAAUGAAAUUUUAAUUAGUAAAUGAAAAUUUAUUGUCGAGUAGUUCAACAAUUUUGAUUACAAAAUUUCUAAUUUCAUAGUUUGCAUGUGAAAGCCACCGUAUUUCACAUAAACGUGAAUGCAUAAACCGGAGCUCGGUCGUUUUAUUCUAAGCAAAUAUAUUUCAAUGGACAAUGCAUGUAGUUAAUCAAUAAAAGCUGCUGUCAUAUAAUUAGUCUUGAUUAGCUGCAAGAAUUUAUUUGCAGCAGUAUCUUCAUUUUUUCGUUCUUGAAGUAACAAUUACGCGGCUUUUAUUCUCCUAACAAUAAUUUUUUUCUAUUUUUUAAUUUAUAGUAAUAAUAAAAGUAAGAUGUAAUUUAUUAAUAUUUCUUAACUAUUGUCGUUGGACCAUUGAGGACUAUAACAAUUUAGGGUUGGUUUAUUUAAUUUUUGUAAUCUAUCAUAAAUUGCUAUGGUCAACUAUAAUCCAACGAUACUAUUUUGGGAUUAAAUCGAAAAUCUUAUAAAUAUUUUCGAUAUAGAACAAUAAAUUUAAUGUUUUCAUAUUUAUUUGUUUUCUCCAUCGUAAUACUGCAUGUUUAAACGCCAAAAGGAGGAAAAUUUAAGUUUCGUCGUUUUGCUCGAUUGAUAUGUACGAAAAAUCGAUAACGCAAACUGUGAUCAGUGAUGUGUGAACUUGGAAUAAAACAGGAGGAGAGGUGUGACGCUCUAUUCGCAGCGUUGAUGGAAAAGGAUAAACGAUUCGAAAGACAAAUCUCGAGGCAGCAAAUUUUUACGUGAGAUGGCAUGAUUCUAAUCAGUUGAAAUCUGAGAUAUCCACAAAAUGGCCAAGCAAAUAUCUUUUUAUUCCACUCUGACGUCUGAAGAAAAGAAUAGAAUGCAACCGUGUUUGAAAGCUAGGUGUGUCAUCAUGUCCAAUGAUUCACCCCCACCGCUGCAGACUUCUAUACCUUUGGUAGAUUACGAUGUACCAGAUGAAGCACGUCUUGGUAAGAUCACACCGACCACACCUACUACUCCGGUAACGAGUAAAUUAUCGAAUGCCGACACCGAUACGGAGAUGAUUGAGAAUGCAGUACCGAUCACGCAGACCGUACUGCCCGUUCCCGAGCCACAGCCGAAAAUUGAGAGAAAUGGAAUCGACUCGGAGGCGACAAAACCAGUCACUCAACCCGAAAACGACUCCUGCGUUGUAGAUUGUAUAUAUUUCACGCAGCAGUGUUGCGAGUGUGUAAUACUUUAACAGCUAGAAUUCUUCUCGCGUUGAGCAAUCAUUUUAUAUUCAUUUCACGAUUUAACAUGGUUACGAAAAGAAUGUCAAUUAUAUGGAAUUAUUUUUCCAUCGAAUUAUUGAGCUUUGAUGGAAUUCCAAUAAUUCAGGCUGCCAAUCGAAUGAUUAAUUCCUAAAUAUUGUUAAAUGUCUAUAUUGCAUUUAAGAAAUGUAUGCUCAUCUCGGAUUUUCUAUAUAUUACUAAAAAAAGAGAAAGAUCUGAAAUAUAUGUUAGGAAUAUAUUUUGGGAAUGAUAAAAUUUUGAUAUGAUACUUGAAGAAUCCAAUAUUUUUAUAAAAUAAUUAUUUAUUCUGUAAAAUUUACGAAGUACAUGAAACGGAAAAAGUUAGAAUCUUAUAGUUAAGGUAUAUAUUAGAUCUGGAAAGUAUGUGCAUCAUUUUUAAUAUAACAAAUUGAUCAAAUAUCUUAUAAUUAUAAGAAUUUAAUCGCUGAUAUUUCAUAGACUGUUAAAUUUCAUUCCAAUUUAUAAAAUUUAUAUUUUUAAUCAAAGGUAGUCAUGUAAAUGUUAAAGAAAAAUUAUUUGGCUGUAAGUCUUAACUGAAAGCAAUGAAUUUAAUCUUACAGAAAAAUUCUGCAUGAUAGUUAUCCAUGCAUUCCUAUUUUUACAUAGUGAUAUCAUAUUAGUCUUUAAGUGCUUCAUACAUUAUUCCAAACAAAGCAUUAAAAGGUAAUAGUUUAUAUCAAAAAUAGAUUAUUAACUUAUAGUAUUUUCUUCUUAAAAGUCAUACAAUGCCACUAAUUAUAUAUAUAUAUAUAUAUACAUAUGUAUAUAUAAAUAAUAUUGGAAUAUGUACAAGUUCGUUACCCAUACAUAUUGUUCCAUUAUAAAAUUAAAGAGAAUGAAGAGAUAUAAUGCUAAUUAUCCUUAAAGACUGCUUAAGUGCCGUAAAUUUAUUUAAAUAUUAAAACUUCAUUGUGUAGGAGAUUUGAUUAAAAGCACAAAUUUACUUGAAUAAAGUCAAUAUCCUACAAAAUAAUAUUUUACAUUCAUAAAUAGUAUAAAGUCUUAAAGUAUCACGUAAGGAAAAAAUUGUACAUAAAAGUUGCAAUUUAUACAAAUAAGACAGAGUAUGAACAAAUUUGA